AUGGAGGCCGCCGCCGCCGCCGACCUCGUCGCUGUCCUCUCGUCCCCGUCCUCCUACGCCGGCCUCCACUCUCGCUUCGCCGCCUACCUACAGCCCUUCGCCCCCUACCUGCCCAGCUCAAACCCUAACCCCAAGCCACCGCAGAAGAGGGGGACGAAGGAGAACAAGCAGCCGCCGCCUCCCGACGCGGCCACCCUCCGCCCCCUCGCGAAGCGAUUUCUCCCAUUUCUCAGCCGCGCGCUCCACCUCCUCCCGCCGCUCGUCCGCGCGAGUCCUGGCUCGGGCGACAAGGGCGGCGAGGCCGCCGACGAACUGUUUGAGAUCUACGGCCUCCUCUUGGACUGCCUGCAGGCCAUAUCACCCUGCCUCGCGGGGAAGCCCUACUCCGUGUUGCUCCAUCGCGGCCGCUUCGUCUGCUGCCUCGAGUCGCGCGGCCACCUCGCACGCGCCAAUGCGGAGGCUGCCGCUACCCUCGACGCCCUCCGCUCCGCGCUCUCUCCACCCACCACGAGCACCAAGUCGCGACGUGGUGCUGCAAGCGUUGAUUCGGUCCUCCUUCCGGACCCUGGCAGCGCUGGGGAGGCUGGCACGGAUCCUGAAGUCACCGUACUUGCGGUCGAGCUCACUUCCUGCCUUGCCAAUUGUUCCAGCAAGGGCAAGGUGAAGGAACCUGCCCCUUACGAACGACUUCUCAGCCUUUUCAAGCAGCUAAAACCAUGGCUUCGUAUUCUUACUAAUGAAGCCAGGAGGAAGUAUCUCCUGCUGCUUGUGAAUGGCAUGAGCCGGUGCACUUUCUUUCUGGUUUCUGAGUCUUCAUUUUUCAGUAGUGAUCUAGUUCGUGGAUUCUGUCGGCACACAGUGCAAGAGUGUGUGAAAGAGGGCAUGAUCGAGCAUUUGCCAGCAAUUGCUCGCAAGAUUUGCUCUUCUGUAGACUUCAGUUGGGAAGGGAGCACACAGCUUUUGCUCCACGUGCUUGAAACUGUCAUUGAUUCUGUUGUACGUGUAAAGGAUGAUUUACCGAAAUCUGUAAAUGAGCUUCUGGUAUUUGUGGCGUAUUUUUGUCGGUUCAUUCUUUCUGCCAAACGGGAUUUAUCUGUUGGCGCAUCAGAACUACUUUAUAAACAAAGUGGUUAUUUCUCUGAGGUUUCCUCUCCUACUGCAUCAAUGCUUCAUCUUUAUGCGACUGGGUUAUACUUGAAUGCCCAGCAAGCAGAAAAUGAAAUACCACCCUAUUUAUCUGUGGGUAUUCCCAAGGAUCAAAAGUACCUACAUGCUUUAGAGAAAGCUCUUGGCACAUUAGCACGAUGGCCACAUGAUAAUACAUCUUUGGUCACAUACUUGGACUCUUUGGAGUUUAUUAGCAAGGUAUUAUUACAGCAAGUGGAUACACUUUGGAAGAACUUCUCUGAAGGAAAACCAACCCAUUAUUCUGGUAACAUGAACUAUGUCUUGACAGCAUUGCAUCAGUUCGUCGAUUCCAACUUCGUGUCUUUUAGCUGUAUGCAAAUGUCUCAAGGAGACAACGAGAGACGGCAUAAACAACAUGGAACCUUACUGACAGUCCUUGUAUCCGCGAUUAAAUUUUCCUUUGUUACCAAGAAAGAUGUCCAGAAGAGCUUGGGUUUCAUCGUCCGUGCCAUUUCAAGUAAAUGGUUAGCGCCUGAGGAGCUCAAAUUCUUGAUACCUUCACUUAGCAACAUUGGAGUGACACUUCAUAACACUGGACAUGUUAAAGAGGCACCAAAGGCUUUAGAACUGUGCUGCCAAACAAUAUGGGCGCACGUUAGGCUUUCUUACUGUGGACUAUCCUCAAGGCCAAAAGGAAACAGCAUUUCGAUGGAUAUCAUUUUGGAUGCAUUUGCAAGGAUUGCAAAGAUGGUUGACACUCUACGUAGAUGCGGCACAGAAAUAGAAACAACACUUGGGAUUGUUGCGAAGAGCUUGUCUGAAUUGUUGUCUGACUGCGACAAUUCUGAAUAUUUCAAAGGUUCUUUUAUACUGAUCAAGGCGUGGGUUAAGGUCGUACACAAAGAUUUUGGGGAUAAUAAGGUGGAUGGUGCUCCACUUCUCUAUCCCUCUCUUUUGAAAAAUCGGUCUCCAUGGCCAAUUAAGCUGAUAGGCUUAAUAGUAGAGCAGGAGUUACUAGCAUAUGGAUUAACUGAAGCCCAAAGCACAGAAUUCUGCUCUAAAAUGCAGAUAAGGAUCAUAGAUGUUCUGUUGCAUAAAAUUUACUGUUCGAAAGAGCAUUUUUUGGAGAGAUCAAGGGUUCUUGUAAGAAAGGCAGGUGCACUUCGUGCAUCUGGAGUGGAAAACAUAAAAAGCUGCCUUGAGUCUUUACAUGAUGCCAUAUCUUUACUGCAAAAGAUCUCAGAGGAUUCAUCUGAUGCCAGCACUACUGCAAACAAUCAAUUGGCCAUUGCAUACUGCUUGUAUGCACAUUGCGCUCAGGAAGACAAUCCUGGUGGGGAGGUAAUAUUUGAUAAUGCUGAGAAAGCACUUAAGUUGUGGUUGAAGAUGGGGACUUUCGAUCAUUCUUCUCCUGACAUGGUCUUGCAACCUCCAUCACAAACUAUUGUACCACUUAUUUGUUUUUUGGUUGAUCUGUUGUCUAUGAAGGGCCGUUUUGAGCUUCAGUUUAAGUUGUGCAAGGUUAUGAUAGUGAUAUGGAAGCAAGAAAAAUUACCCCUUGAAAAGUUGUUGUCCUCGCUGGUGACCAAUGGGCGCCUUAGUCAUGCAUGCUGUUAUCUCCCACUGGAUGAGCGAUUUCUUUCUAUUGCCGCAGAUCAUCUUGAUGUACAUAGCCACCAUAUUAAUUUUUGGAUAAAAGGUUUCGAAGGAGACAAUCCUUCUCUCUCUAUGUUUCUUCAGAGGAUGUUGCCUAGUGACUUAUUUAUUCCUCAAUCAUGUAAGCACCCCUUUGGAAAGCAGCUCAGUUUUGAUGACGUCAGCAAAGCUGCCUCAUCUCUGGUUUCUGAAGUUACAUCUAAUGACCAAUCAAUCUUUCUAGCUAGCUGUUUAUACUAUGACUUGUCAGAAAGACUUUUUUCACGCGGACAACUUUUCCAGGCCUUUUCAUACGGAAAAGAAGCCCUCAAUUUGCGUAAAAAGCUCCUAAAAAAGAAGUUCAAACUCAAAUCGGGCAUAUCUGGGAAUAUGGAAAGCCAACCUUGCCGGCAGGACUUUUCUCUUGAAGUGCGUGGCCCAACAGUAGUUGAGUUUUGGCCAGAUUCCAGCAGAUCAGCCAGCAUGAGAGAUUCUUUCCUUACUCCAUGGAGUGUACUUAGAUACUACCUUGAGAGCACCUUACAGGUCGCUAUGAUGUACGAAUUGAUUGGCAAUGGUGCUGAAGCAGAAGUUCUCUUACGGACAGGAAAAGAGAUAUCAAAUUUCCAUGGUUUUUCAGUUUUCUGUAUUGUUUUUACAUCAUUUCUAGGUCAACUAUACCGUAAGCGACAGCUAUGGGAUGAAGCGGAGAGUGAGUUUAAUCAUGCCCGAGAUCUUCUUGUGAAAAAUGAUGCAAUCAUUUCAUGUAAAAUCUGCAAGUUAAAUUUGGAGAUAUCAGUUGACGUGCAAGUUGGUGACCUGUCUUGGAGUCUAUUUGAAAAAAAUUUCCAGAAACAGUCGACAGCUGAUUUGUCUAAUGCUUUAGGCAUGUACCGAUGUGCAAUAGAGAAAUUGAACAGCACUGACUUGGAAUAUUUUAAUGGGUCCAAUGGUAGACAUAAAACUGGUUGUCUUGUGUGCAGCAAAGACUGUAGAAUACCGAUCAAACAUGAAGCUUAUACUUGUCGGAAAGAACCCGCAACUUCAAAGGACGGAUUGUUAUCUCCAUGUAGUGUUUGCAUGGCAAUACAAGUUCGAAGAAAAAGAUCAGGGAAUGCUGAAGCUGGUCCACCAUUAGAUGCUAAAGCUAAGAGGCCAUCGAGAAAUUCAUCACGUUUAGCCAAGGAACAGAAUAUAGAGACUGUUGCGAAGAUUAGAACUCGCUCUAGUAAGCGUAAUGCACAUAUGAAAACUGAAAAGAUAUUUUGGUUUACUGGUGAAGCAGAGUGUUUUCCUGAUGGCAUUAAUCACAGCAAAGAUGACUUAUGCAAUAUGUUUGGUUGUUGGAGCUGCCUUUUGGUUAAAUCCUUGAAUUCGGAGUGCAUUCAGAGUAUUUUGCAGCUGAGAUUGGACUGUGUUCGCCGCCGCUACCUUGUGCCACUUCUGUUAAAAACAGUUAGAGCUUUGGGAUCUCACAGUGGCCAUUAUGAGGAUCAUGAAGUUCAUAGUGUCUAUUGGAAGUGCAUAUCACUUUUGUUCUUCAGAUCCCUUCCAGAGGGUUGCUGUAGGACUUAUGGGCCUUAUUUAAUUGAACUAAUCAUGGAUGGGAGCAUUGGCGACUUUCUUCAUUUAGAGUGUGCAGAAAUACUGUGCAGUAUGAGCUUCUUCUUGCUAAAAAUCUCCCUUUCUGAACAAUCAAGGGACAUCUGCUGCAGCUUCUUUAGUGUAAAAAUGGCUGACGUUGUUCCCUGGCUGCUUAAAGCUUUUGUUCUAUCCAGAGAGAGUCCCUCACUUGUGCAGGAGGUUUCCAAGUUACUUGCGUGCAUAUUCUUGAUAUCAACUGCAGAUCCCUCAAUUCAGUCGCCUUUGGGUUCUUAUAAAGGAUCUCAUUCUCUGAAUCAUUGGGCCGCAUACUUUCAUCAAUUUUCUGUAGGAACUUAUCUCAAUUGUCAUUACUUUGCUAGCUUACAAGCAUUGCCCGAGGAAAAAGUUCCAAAGGGCACCCAUGAAGAUUUCAGAAAUGAGACGGAUGACGAUGUUUCAGAAUUUCUCAGGUUUUCGUCAGUGGACAUUAAACAUAUCGAGAACCAUAUGACAGAAUUUUUCCAAAAACUUCCUGAUGUACCAGUUCUGUGUAUUAGUAUGCUUGGAGGUGAUUAUGUUAAUGCCCUUUUGAAAUUUCUUCGGCAUCCUCCCUUCUUUCCUGCUUGGAUGUUGCUUUCAAGGUUUGAGCCAGCAAGCAUGUCUACUACAUUGCUUCUUCCAGUUGAUGCUAUUUCAGAAAUGCAGUUUGAAGAUUCCUUCAAAGAUUUGGGCAAUCCAAUCAGAGUGUCAGAUAACUGGCGGUGCCCUUGGGGCUAUGGAAUUACAGACCAUGUGGCCCCAAUUUUUAAAAAUAUACUUGCGGAGAAUUUUAUGUCCCUCUCUGGCGCAACCUUUACUACAAAUGAUGUAAAAGCAGAUCAUGUCAGGUGGUGGGAGCAUAGAAAGCAGCUCAACAAUUACCUUGCUAACACACUGAAAGACAUUGAAGAUUCUUGGUUUGGACCCUGGAAAUGCCUUCUGUUGGGCCAUCGAUUAUCUGAUGAACACAUUGAGGCUGCCUUAUCAAGUAUUAUCACUGAUCUGGAUACAAAAUUCGAAUUUGAAGCCAAUCCAGUGCUCAUCAGGGCUAUCCUUGGUGGUGCUGUGUCAGUGGAUGAAGUACAAGAAUGUUUCCUCCAACUCAUUUUGUAUAAAGGUUACUUUGGAAGGGGAGGGUGCUGUGGGGAAGAUAGGCUUAGAGCUUUCUCUUCCUGCCAAAUGGAUGAUGAAUCUUUGAAGACACUCAAAUGUUUAAUAACAGAUGCAGUAUAUGAGCUGCCUCAGCCAGCCAAUAGACAUCCAGUUAUUUUAGUUCUUGACAUCAAUGUUCAGAUGCUUCCUUGGGAAAACUUGCCUGUACUAAGGAAUCAAGAAAUUUAUCGCAUGCCAUCAAUGGGUAGCAUCUUUUUAGCAUUAUCUCGAACCCAUAAUCACUACAAAGAUGGCACAGUUUCUCCUUUUCCUGUCAUAAAUCCUUCCGAUACAUUUUAUCUGUUGAAUCCUAGUGGUGACCUGAGCAGCACACAAGAAGAAUUUGAUCAGUUAUUCAGAAACUACGAGUGGAAGGGAAUGGCUGGGAGUUCUCCAAAGGCUGACGAGCUGGUCUUGGCCUUGACAAAUCAUGACCUUUUCCUGUACUUCGGGCAUGGAAGUGGAACUCAGUAUGUUUCUGGGAAGGAAAUUGAGAAGGCAGAUAACUGUGCAGCUGCUCUUCUUAUGGGAUGUAGCAGUGGAACACUUCAUUGCAAAGGGAGUUAUGCUCCUCAAGGGGCCCCGUUAUCAUAUUUAUUUGCUGGUUCCCCUGCUAUCAUUGCAAAUCUUUGGGAUGUUUCAGAUAAGGAUAUUGAUCGGUUUAGUAAAGCUUUGCUUAAUUCAUGGUUGCAAGACGACAUUCUAGAUGACAACAAUUGCUCAAAAUGCUGCCAGCUAACACAGAAAUUUAAGUCCCUGAGUAUUGCUUCCAAGGACAAAGGUAGAACAAGACAAGGCACACAAGGGAAGGAGCUACAAAAAAUAAAUCAUAGUACCAAGUGCUGCAGCUGCAGGCAGACGCGAAUAGCUUCAUAUUUAAGUGAAGCUAGGCAGGCUUGCAGGCUUCCAUUUCUGAUUGGCGCAUCUCCUGUGUGUUACGGCGUGCCUACAAUCAUUAGGAAGUCUGAUUCUGCCAAGAGAUGUGAUGACCUAAAGUGUGGCAGUCUCGGCCACUAUUGA